CAGUAAUGUACAUCGGUAUCUAAUAUCCUUUAAAUUCCAAUAUCUAGAGGGUUUUAGGUCUAAUUUUGGCAGAGUAAAUUAUUUUGGCAGGGCAAUCUAAAUUCAGAAAUGAUAGUAAGAAGAACUAAGGUGAGUAUAAGUGAGACGAUUGAAUUCUAUGCUAAUAUGGUCACCUCCUCUUUUCUUUUAUUGCAGUAUCGGGAGAUAUUUCCUCUCAAGAGAUUGGCAUGACUCAACACAAACUGCUUGGUGGACUUCUUGCUCCUGGUUUUGAUGAGAAAUCCUGUUUAAGCAGGUACCAUUCUGUCUCUUAUCGGAAAAUGUCACGGUAUAUGCCUUCUUCCCAUCUUCUUUCCAAACUCAGAAGUUAUGAGGAUCUGCAUAGACAAUGUGGUCCGCAUACCAAAUCCUAUAACGAAACACUGAAACAAAUCAAGGCUGGCAAUACUGUUGCAUCUUCUACGGAAUGUAAUUAUAUUGUAUGGAUAUCUUUUAGCGGCUUAGGAAACAGAAUGCUGACCCUAGCUUCAGCUUUUUUAUAUGCUCUUCUUACAAACCGGGUCCUGCUUGUUGAUAGAGGGAAAGACAUGGCUGAUCUCUUUUGUGAGCCAUUUCCAGACAUGUCAUGGCUACUGCCUUUGGACUUCCCUAUUACGAAUCAAUUUGAGAGCUUUAAUCAGAAUUCUCCCAGUUGCUAUGGAAAAAUGCUGAAGAAUAACAUCAUAACAAAAGAGUCCAAGCCCUCAUUUUUGUAUCUCCAUCUGGUUCAUGAUUAUCAGGAUCAUGACAAGAUGUUCUUCUGUGAUCAAGAUCAAACCUUUCUAAAGAGAGUCCCUUGGUUGAUUAUGAAAACUAACAACUACUUUGUCCCAUCACUCUUUCUCAUACUAUCUUUUGAGAAAGAAUUGAGCAAAUUGUUUCCUGAAAAAGAAACUGUUUUUCACCACUUAGGUCGGUACUUGUUCCAUCCAACAAAUCAAGUGUGGGGUCUGAUAAUCAGGUACUAUCAAGCUUAUCUAGCAAAGGCAGAUGAGCGGAUUGGUAUCCAAGUAAGAGUGUUUGAUACUGGUAAAGGACCAUUUCCAUAUGUUAUGGAUCAAAUAGUAGCUUGCGCCUUAAACUCUAAAUUACUUCCAAAACUCAGUAUGAAAGAAUCUGGUAUAACCCCACUUAGAAAUCAACGAUCAAAAGCUAUUUUAGUAACAUCAUUAGAUUCUGGAUACUAUGAGAAUUUGAGCAACAUGUAUUGGGAACACCCUACAGUGACUGGAGAGGUUAUAUCCUUCUUCCAGCCAAGCCAUGAAGAGUACCAACAGACAGAAAAGAAGAACCACAACCGCAAGGCAUGGGCAGAAAUGUUUCUCCUGAGCUUGACCGAUGUGUUAGUCACUAGCUCCUGGUCAACAUUUGGUUAUGUGGCUCAAGGUCUUGCAGGUUCAAAGGCGUGGAUUCUAUACAAGCCUGAGAACCGAUCUGCUCCAAAUCCACCUUGCCGCAUAGCAAUGUCAAUGGAACCAUGCUUUCACGCUCCUCCAUUCUAUGAUUGCAAGGCAAAAAAAGGAAUCGACACGGGUUUAGUUGUACCUCAUGUCAGACAUUGUGAGGAUAUGAGCUGGGGACUUAAAUUGGUUGGAGCUGAUAACCAUUUGCAACAGUAGCAUCAGCAGCAGUGAGUUCUUAAUGUAUGUUAUAUAUAGUGUUCACAUUGUUUUGGUAGGAUUCUUUCUUUUCCAUUCUUUAAGGAAUGAAAUCAUCAAGCCUGUCACUUAGUCUUUCCAAAAACCUUUUGUCAAACUAGCUACAUGUUUCGUAAUGCUCUUUAUCUUUGGAGGUAAGAACGUAUCUUCUUCGGCUUUCUUUUGUUAAAGAUUGUUCUUUGCUUUGUCGUACAAU